CCCUCACCUUCUUCCUUGGAUUUCUUUCGAUCUCUCGAACUCUGUACCAGAAAACCUUCAUGAGUAGGAUGCAAGUUUCUUCGAUGCGAAGGUCUGCAGUCCUACUAGCCCUCUUGCACUUUUGUGCUGUUAAUCCAGCAAGAAGCUUGAAUUUUAGCUAUACCCCAUUUCGAGACCACAUUAAUGAUAAGGAUUUUCUAUUCGAAAACUCUCGUAUAUAUUUAAACGCCGUCCAGGUAACUCCUGAUGUUAGUAACGAGGCCUCCAUCAUGAACCAAGCUGGAAGGUUUUUGUAUAAAAAACGAUUCAAACUUUGGGGGAAAGGCAAAGCUUCUUUCAAUUCUACCUUUGUACUUAAAAUCGAUCCCAAAACCAAUCCAAGUGGUGAAGGCUUGGCGUUUAUCUUAACUGAAAGCCCCACUCUUCCGGAGAACAGCGAGGGUGAAUGGCUUGGAAUUGUAAAUGCAACGUCAAACGGAUCUGCUAAAGCUAAAAUAGUUGCAGUAGAAUUCGACACAAGAAAGAGCUACGCAGAAGAUGUGGAUGACAACCAUGUGGGGUUGGACAUAAACAGCGUUUACUCGAUUCAACAAGUGCCUUUGCUUGGCUAUGGUGUUAAUCUAUCAAGCGGAACAAAUUACACAGUGAGAAUUGAGUAUGCCAACCAGAACAUCACAGUCUUUGUUUCCCAGACCAAUGAAACUAGGGAAGGAAUGGAGAAUGCUCUAGUUUUGUUUUACACUGUAAAUCUCUCUGCCUAUCUUUCGCAGGAGGUCUAUGUCGGAUUCUCAGCUUCCACAGGCAAUAAGACUCAGCUAAAUUGCAUCCGGUCGUGGGAGUUCAACUCUUCGCAUAUAGAUGAAGAUUCAAACCUGCUGUGGGUUUGGAUUAUGGUCCCAGUAGUAGUACUACUUUUGGUAACUGGAGUUUCUUGUUACUUCUUCUGGACAAGGCGAGGUGAAAAGGAGGAUGUGCUUCCGAGGAUUCAAGAUGAGAUCCAAACAACUUCCAUGGCUCCAACAAAAUUCAAACUGAAAGAACUUCAAAGAGCAGCAGGCAGAUUCAAUCCCAAGAACGAGCUCGGAAAAGGUGGCUUCGGAACCGUCUAUAAGGGACUCCUGGGAGAUAAAGAGAUAGCAGUCAAGCGAGUCUCAAAGAAUUCGCGUCAAGGCAAGCAAGAAUUCAUAGCAGAAGUCACCACAAUCGGCAGCCUUCGUCACAAAAAUCUGGUCAAACUAAUUGGAUGGUGCUACGAAAGCCAUGAGCUUCUUAUCGUUUAUGAGUUCAUGCCAAAUGGAAGCCUAGACAGAUUUGUAUACAGGGACGAGAGUCUUGGCACGGAGAUGGGCAAACCAACACUGAGCUGGGAAAGAAGGCGCAGCAUAAUAUUUGGAGUUGCUCAGGCGCUAGAUUAUCUUCACAAUGGAUGCGAGAAGAGAGUGCUUCACAGAGACAUCAAAGCCAGCAAUAUCAUGUUGGACUCAGAUUUCAUCGCGAGGCUGGGAGACUUUGGGCUUGCGCGUACCAUUCAGCAGAGUAACUUGACUCACCACUCCACUAAUGAGAUUGCAGGAACGCCAGGCUACAUGGCUCCGGAGACAUUUCUUACUGGAAGGGCCACUGUUGAGACCGAUGUUUAUGCAUUUGGUGUUCUUAUGCUAGAAGUUGUCUGUGGACGAAGGCCUGGUAAUCAAAACGAACAGAACAACUACAACAACAGCAUAGUGUAUUGGCUGUGGGAUCUUUAUAGCAGAGGAAGGAUCCUUGAAGCUGUUGAUUCAAGAAUGGAUGGAGACAUUGACGAGGAUGAUAUGGCAUGCGUGCUGAUGCUAGGGUUAUCGUGUUGCCACCCUAACCCACAUGAGAGGCCAUCUAUGAGAACCGUCCUUACGGUUCUUACAAGGGAAGAUGAUCCGCCAGCUUUGCCCCAAGAACGACCUGCUUUUGUGUGGCCAGCCAUGCCUCCAUCAUUCAAAGACGAUACAGAAUCUAAUGUGGCUGAAGGUCAAAUGAGUCCACUCACAGACCUCAGCGGAAGAUGAUAAAUUAAUAUAAACAGAUCAGAAAUCAAGAAAAGCCUUGGUCUUCUGGAAGUGUAAAUCUGUAACAGAAAUAAAUAGUGUGUGUAUGUGUUAUGCUUGUUCAUUUGUAUCGUAUCACGCAAGUUAAUUAGUCAUAGAAGUUUUACUGAAGCACUUGAUUUACCCAAAACCCCUCAGAUUUACGCUUCGUUCUUGUAUUUAUAUCCGCUUACGAGAAGCCAAGGGCUCCUUUCCCUGCAGGCUGCAGACAAUGCUACACUAAUUAUAACCUUCGCAUGCAUGGCAUAUAUAAGAAACUUGAUCUAUGCAAAAAGGGAGGAACACAUAUCUGAGCUCUGUUGCAAAGCACAUGUAGGUUUCCGAAGGCAGCUUCGAAAACCUUCCUCAUAUUUUUAGAGUUACCUCUAAAUUGAUGCAGUACAAUACAACACGAUAAUAUGUUUCAAAGUGAAUGCUCAGAAAAGAGAAGUUAUCAGGGUUC